AUGGCCGAUGGCCGUUCCCAUCUCGGAUACCUCGGCAGGAAAUAUCGCCAUGGUUUUCCUGACGCAUUGGAUUUCAACUUUUGGUGUUCCGGCCACCCCUACUACAGACCGCUGAGUCAAUUCCAAUCUAGCCUCUUCCGUGAGUUCACUAAACUGCUCGGGUGUGCGCACAUCACAACCACGGCAUACCACCCUGCCGCCAACGGCCUCGUGGGGCGUCCAAACCGUCAACUCAAGUCCACACUCAUGUCCCAAACAGAAUCAGCUUCUUGGAUUGACAAUCCCCCUCUUGCGCUUUUGGGCAUCCUAUCUUCUGUCAAGGAGGACAUCCAAUGCUCUGCCUCCAAACUUGUGUAUUCUAAACCGCUCCGUCUGCCCAGCGAAUUUGUGCAGUCUUCCACGACGAACACCGACAUCCCGAGCACCUUCGUACGGCAGUUGAAACAACGCGUGAUUCAACUGCGUCCAACUCCCACUCGUCUGACAUCCAAACGUGUGUUUGUGCAUGAGUGCCUUACAGCUGCUCCAUUCGUUUUCGUUCGGCAUGACGCGGUUGGCGAGCCUCGUUGUUCGCCGUAA